UAUUAAAUGAAAAUGAAAAUUAGCAAUUUUAACCUGUAAAAUAUUUAUAAAUCGUAUAAAUUAAUCGUUUGUAAUUUGUAAAUAUAAAUUAAGUGUGUAAAAUAAAUGCUAAGUUAUCGUAAUAUUUAGUUUAAUGUAAUCAUCCGCGAUUUCAUGUAGUAGAAAUGCGUAUCAACACCAACUGUCACUUUUUAUCGUAUUUUAAAGGUAUUUAUCUUGAAAAUGGAGACUAAUUCUACACAUUCAAUUCUUUACGGAAAUAUAGAAAUUCCUACUUCCCAUGUUAAUCUAUACGCAUUGGAUGAGUCGGUUUUAUUAUAUGAACCUACACCUGAUGAUGUAAUAAAUGGUGAAAAUCGUAACAUCUUUAACAAUGUGCCAAUAACUGAUCACGAAGAGGCCUUAGUGGAAGAUUUUAUGAAGUUUAUCGCUAACGAUCAUCUUUUGAAAGAUGAUUCAAAUAAAGAAGGUCUAGAUUGGCUUUAUUCAAUGGAACCUGAAUUACUCAGGUUUCUAUAUUCGAGCAAAUUUGAUUUCAAGAAGACUUUGGACCAUUUGUUUAUGAAUUACAAGUUUAGAAAAUCCAAUAUGUUGCCGGCCACCCUAAUGGAUAUAGAGGAUGAGUUGAAUCAAGGUUGUUUGUAUUGGUUUGGAAGAGACAAAAAGUGCCGACCGACUUUGGUGGCCGACGUAUUCAAGUUACAGGAUCUUCCAAUGGAGAAGUUGGUCAAAUUAGUGGUUUUCUGCUUUGAAUUUUUCCUCAGAUACCUACACGUUGGUGGUAAAUGUGAAAAUUACAACGUUCUGAUCGAUUGUGAUAACAAAGGAUUUGUUCAGCUCCCAGUCCAGAUGAUAAUACAGUUGACUGAAAUAAUGAACUCUAAGUAUAGAGGGAGAUUGAAUAGUAUUUUCUUGAUAAACUCGCCCAAUCUGAUCAAUAUGAUAAUGAAGUCCUUAAAAGGAGUGUUACCCGAUCGAAUUUUGAAAAAGAUUGUUGUUUUGAGGGAAAACUCGUCAGAGACUUUACUGGCACUUUAUAAUCCUAACCAGCUACAGGAAAGGUUUGGAGGCUCAUUACCAAAUCUCACCAAAGAUUAUUAUCCAUUUCAGUUCUUCCCCGGUCCAACAACAAGUGGAAUCAAUAACUGUGAUAAAAGCUCCAAGUAUAAUCUGUUCAAAAUGCCACCAAUGACACUUUAUGGCUCCUGUUUGAUACUGAAGAAUAGUUUAUCAGGUUACCUUGAUGGAAAUAAUGAUAAAAAUGCUGGUGAUUAUUUGCUCAAGAACUUCAAAUAUUUCAUAUUUUCCAAGGAUACUGCAGAACACUUGAUCAGUAAAGUCCCGGGACUGAAAGACGAGAUUCUCCCAAACAUCAUCCAAACCCGUGAAGAUUUAACAAAUUUUGUGAAUAAUUUAAUUUACAAUUAA